CUGACCAACCCUACCAUCCAUCCUUCCCGCAUCAGAAAGACUCAUUGGAGGGAAGCCGCCAACAUCACUCUUGCUCCAGAUCAUCGUGAUCGCGGCGACGACGAGAAGGACCAAAGCGAUUCGGACGCAGACGAUGCAGCAGCAGCAGAUGAGGAGGAGGAGGAGUCCUACAACGGGCUGAUGUUCUUCGAUGGUCACGGGAAGAUCGAGGGACAAGAGGCGUUGACCAAGCUAGCCCAACACCUCACUCGACUGCGAUUGAUAGUGAGCCCCCAAGGGCACAGCUAUCAAGAUGUCUCCGAAUUGGGAGAACACAAAGAGUUCGGGAUUCACUAUCUUCGAUUAUGA